AUGCCUCGUCCCGGAGACGGCUCAAGCCACAACGGCCCUUUCGAGGAAGCCGGUCACAAUAUCGCCCACGGCGUAGGAUCCGCUGACUUUCCCCCCACUAACAAGUGGCGGCAGACGUCCAAGGUGCCGAGGGCGGAGAAGACGGCCGACCUGCCGGAAGGUCUGGGGGAGCAGGGCGCCGGGAUAAAGGGCGCGAAUGCGAGCGGCGGUCAGAGCCAGGGGCUCAAGACGGGUGGUGAGGUUGGCCAGGGCGGACGGCACGCGUAG